GCAAGGCUACGCAAAUAUGGCCACUGCCAGAGCUCUAGCCACCAUGGCGAUCUUCCUCCUGGUCGCGCUCUCCACCUCCCACAUCGCGUCGUCCCGCCGCCCCGGCGCCGGGCUCGGCGUGUGCCGCGCCAGUGGGUACCUCCCGGGCAGGUCCGGCAACUGCGAGAAGAGCAACGACCCGGACUGCUGCGAGGACGGCAAGAUGUACCCGCAGUAUCGCUGCUCGCCGCCGGUGACCGCGAGCACCAAGGCCGUGCUGACGCUCAACAGCUUCGAGAAGGGCAAGGACGGCGGCGGCCCGUCGGAGUGCGACAACGCGUACCACAGCGACGAGGAGAAGGUCGUCGCGCUCUCCACGGGGUGGUUCGAGAACAUGGCCCGGUGCAGCCACCGCAUCAAGAUCACCGCGAACGGCAACUCUGUGUACGCCAAGGUGGUGGACGAGUGCGACUCCGUGCACGGCUGCGACGACGAGCACAACUUCGAGCCGCCCUGCGACAACAACAUCGUCGACGCGUCGCCGGCGGUCUGGGACGCCCUGGGGCUCGACCAGAACGUCGGCAUGGUGGACAUCACCUGGUCUGAUGAGUGAGAGGCAGUUGAUGGUUGUGUCUGCUCUAUUUGUUGUUGGAAUGUUGGUACAUGCUGUGUAUGAGAUUAGAGGAUGGGC